AUGAAGAUUGUUAGCAGACUCGGCACAGGGAGUUUUUUUGGGAACCUAUGCCUUGUGUUUAUGGUUGUCCUAGGCAUCCAGGCCCUCCUCUGGGGCCUUGGGCAGCUGGAUACUGCAGUGGGGGUGUCCUGGAACACUGCACUCUACUCGGUGGCCGUGGCAGGGAUCAUUGCAUACCAGUUGUGGGUGCUCAGCAGAAGCUACCGCACGGAAGGAGUGUCUGGCAUGCUGAGGCAGGACUGGAGUGCCAUUGGGUGCAUGGUGCCGAUGAUGGUUGGGCUUCCUCAUGCAGGGAUGAUCCGGAGUGGUGUGUACAGCCUGACGAUGGCGGCGUCUGGGGCAGUCAUGCUGUAUGUGCAGGAUGCCAUGAGGUCUGGGAUGUCCCUGAAGCAGGUGUGUGCAAUUGGCGGUGGGAAUCUCGUGCUGGCGGUGGCAUGCCUUGCUGGGUCCAAGAAGCUCUUCAUGCCCGGGGCGUGUGGACUGAGCCAGCGCAUCUGUGUUGGGCUUGUUGUGUUUGUUGCUCUGCUGGUUGUUGUGUCGUAUGCCGAGAAGGGGCGAAGCGGAGGCAAGAAGUACAGUUCUACGGUUGGAAGUGUGGUGUUUGUGAUGACGCUGGCCGCUGUGACCCUUGGAUCAUGGGUGUGUGGGCGUGACUGCCAUGGGGUGUAUGAGGGAAGCACGGAGAUGACGGGGGCGUCUGUUUUGUGA